AAGAAGAAGAAGAAGAAGAAGAAGAAGAAGAAGAAGAAGAAGUUGAACGGAUUCGGAAGCGGGUCCUAUCUGUGUCUGAGGAGAUCUAGUUGAUCUCUUGUGAGCUGUGUCUAAUCCAUCCAUGAGCUGUCCUCCCAGGAUUCAGUCCACCUAGCUGCUAGCUAGCAGCUCCAGAGGUGUUGACGUAGCUAAACAGGUGGAAAGCUAACUAGUCCAGCAGCAGCUGUUCGGGCCCAGAUCAACAGGCCGGUAUGGACUCUUGGGUUCGGUUUAACGCUCAGAGCCAAGCCAAGGAGAGAGUCAUUAGGGCUGCUCAAUAUGCCUGCACUCUGCUGGGCUACACACUGCAGAAGGGUGGGGCAGCGGCUGAACUACGUAAAACCGUCAGUCAGCUGGAAGCACACAUGAGCCUCUCGAGAAAGUUGCUGCGCCUGGGAAACUCUGUGGAGGCACUGGAGGCUGCCAAGAGGGCCAUCCAUCUCUCUGACAGCGUGCUGAGGCUCUGCCUGACAAUCAGCCACCUCAACAGAGCCAUGUACUUUGCCUGUGACAACGUCCUGUGGGCUGGAAAAACUGGCCUCGUCUCCAAACUGGACCAGCACAAGUGGAGUCAGAGAUCUUUCAGGUACUACCUCUUUGCUCUGAUCCUCAACCUGACUCGAGAUGUCUAUGAGCUGCGCCUCCUCAUUGAGUGUGAAGCACGUUCCAGAGCUGCCAGAUCGCCACCCUCACCCAGCCCCACCCUGCCCGCUGACCACUCGUUGUCCCCCUCCACACCUGACAUGUUGGCUUGGCUUCGCAGACAGCUCCACCUGCUGGUGACGGUGCUGUACAGCAACCCGCCACUGCUGCUGGACCUGCUGAAGAACAGCUGUGAUAUCUUCAUCCCACUGGACCGGCUGGGGAUUUACCCUACAGGGCAAGGCUUUGUUGGGGCCUGUGGCCUGGCCUCCUCUGUCCUCUCCAUCCUCACCAUGGUCCACCCCUGGCUCAAGCUUAAGCCAUGAGCCCAGAUACACAGUGGAGGGGUCCAUCUGAGGAGCUACAAGGAGGACUCAGAUGAGAAUCUAACAGAGCUACCAAACCCUCAUCAUUCUGUAAAUGCAGCAGGUGCUAGUGACUGCGAUCACAUUUUGGAAUAGUGGCAGGGCAACAAAAUCCUUCAAAUAUCCUCAAACAGGUUUCUUCCGCUCUGCAUUAGAUGCAGCUUACACUGAUUAACAGCUCACAGCUUAUUACUGGCCUGCAUGUUUGAACUGAUCAAAUCACAACGUCAUGCUUUAGAUGAAAGUUGUGACCCAGCAGUGCUGCACAGACCCCACACUCACAAAGCUUACCAUCCUCCAUCACAUCAGUCCUGAGUCAUCAUCUCCCAAUACUCUACUGAGAUCACACACAUAUCUGUAACCUUACCUGGUGGUAGGGAGUCUUCUUAGUGGUCUACAAGGUGGGAACAAACCACAUCAGGCGGGUGCAAAACAAAAACUUAAGAAAACUGGAUUUACCCCUACACAGAUGGGUCAUGUUGCCUACGCUUGGUGUUGGCCUCAGUUAAAUUAGUUAACAAAUAAACACAGACCGAAACUAAAGCCAAGAAUUCUUUAGGGAUGAGGUGAUGAUGGUUAUCAUUCAUUGUUCAUCAGUUUUAACAAAAACGGUUACUGGCUAUCAGCAGCAUGCAACUUUCAUGUGGCCGUGUCUCUACUGGCUCUGCUCUUCCACCCAGUGGGUUUGUUGUUUUAACCUAGCGGGUAUUUAGUUGUUUGAGCCACUAAGUGACUGAACUGUCAGAGUCCUGUGAGAUAGAGAUGCAGGAACAUGAGACUCCAAACUAAAUCUCGCGAGGAGAAAAGCGUUGCCGUAGCUGAUCUGAUGUUGGGGUUGGAAGGUUCAGGUGUGUUGCACUUGUGACACCAUCCAGCUGUGACGUAGAGUCUGAUUGUUGCAGAAUGAAUGCACCUUUGUUGUGUCUCUACCUGUCACAGUCUGGUCAUACCGAUCGCCAUCAAUUUGAUUUCCUCCUUACAUUACACAUGGGCACUGUGUGUGUGUGUGUGUGUGUGUGUGUGUGUGUGUGUGUGUGUGUGUGUGUGUGUGUGUGUGUGUGUGUGUGUGUGUGUGUGUGUGUGUGUGUGUGUGUGUGUGUGUGUGUGUGUGUGUGGGUGUGUGUGUGUGUGUGUGUGUGUGUGUGUGUGUGUGUGUACACAGUCACUAAUCUUGACUUGUUCAUAAAAUGGUCAAACUUUUAUUGAAUGUGCAAGCUCAUAAAGUUCCAAAUAAUUAUAUGUAAGGUAGUGAGACUCUAGGGAUCAACAUGCAAGGUGUAGGUGACAUAAUUGAUGGAGGCAGCAGCAUGCUUCCUUUCGGUCAUGUUGUGAAAUAACUUUUAAAUUGUAUACCUUCAAAAGAGAGGCAGCCGACACUACAUGACCGAGGGUACAUUCUUGUUUUAAGAAAGCAGUAGCUUAGAGCUGUGACUUCCAUCAGCUGUUCAGACGACAGCAUUUGAUUCUAAAGCCAAAACACAAUGCUUUAGGACAAAUAUUUCAUUUGUCAUGUUACACCAAAUUGUGUUGCAUGUUGUAGCAGGCCCUUGGAAGCUUGAAUAGGGAGAAUAAAGAAUCCUGUCAUUGAUCUGGACUACAUUUUACCCAUUCUCUGUUGUCCCCAUGUGGUGUACAGAACUGUCUUCGCCCUUUGUCGGUUUUUCUAUUUGUCAAGUGAGUGCCGGUACAGCUUGACAUGUAAAUAGGAAAAAACUGAAAUGUCUCCCGUACUCAGAUGAGCAAAUGCAUAUUUUCUAACCUAGAAUCUGAAAUAUCACUGCUUGUGUUAUAUUCUGUUUGGACUUAAUGAUCUAAUUAUUAUUUUCUUUGUCACCCAUGUCACUUUUCAGCAGUAAGCAUCAUGUUGUCAUUUGGGAACCUUGACCCAAAUAUGUCAGAGAUACCAUCAGGCAAAUUUUACACCAUAUAAAUUGUGUGCUGAAAUCUG